AAAGAACGUGAUUUGGCUGUGAAGCGGAAACACCAGCUCCAAGCCAAACUGGAGAACCUAGAGCAGGUCCUAAAGCAUAUGCGAGAGGCUGCUGAACGGCGGCAACAGCUGGAAUUGGAGCAUGAGCAAGCCUUGGCUGUUCUCAACGCAAAGCAGCAGGAAAUUGAACUCCUGCAGAAGGCUCAGGUUGAAGCUAAGAAGGAACAUGAAGGUGCAGUUCAGCUGCUAGAGAACACCUUGGACAGCAUGCAGGCCAAGGUCCGCGAGCUAGAAGAGAAAUGUCGGACGCAGAGCGAGCAGUUUAAUCUCCUCUCCAAAGAACUGGAAAGGUUUCGGCAGCAAGCAGGGAAGAUUGAUCUCCUGAGCAGUAACGCGCUGGCAUCCUCGGACAUCCCUGGAUCCCCUAGCAAAUCCCUAACCCAGUUAAUGAACGGAAUUGCCACCUCCCUCAGCAAAGGUCAUGAAAGCUCCUCAGGAGGACACUGCGUGAUCUCAGAGUUUAUACGGCCCCUGCAGCUAUCCGGUGACAAACCAGAGCAAUUGUCCGUCAAGCCAACCUUCCUCUCCCGGUCACGAUCUGGCAGCCCAAGAUGCAGAUUUGAAUCAGACAUGGAUAAUGAACGGAAUUCCAAUACCUCAAAGCAGAGAUACUCGGGAAAAGUCCAUCUUUGCAUCGCCCGCUACAGCUACAACCCGUUCGACGGACCAAAUGAAAACCCAGAAGCAGAGCUCCCCCUCACAGCAGGGAAAUACCUCUAUGUCUAUGGAGACAUGGACGAAGAUGGCUUCUAUGAAGGUGAACUUCUAGAUGGACAGAGAGGUCUGGUCCCUUCCAACUUUGUGGAUUUUGUUCAAGACAAUGAAUCCCGUUUGUCGAGUGGGUUGGGCAGCGAGCAAGACCAGAAUUAUAUUAACCAAACUGGUCACACGUUGGAAGGCGACGGCCUUUUAGAGAUCAACCCGCCGAGCCACUUAGAAUCCAGCGUCGUCAAUAACGGUGCAGGGACUCUGGAUGUGAACAUUGAUGAUAUCGGAGAAGACAUUGUGCCUUAUCCUAGAAAAAUUACCCUUAUCAAACAACUAGCCAAAAGUGUUAUUGUGGGCUGGGAGCCUCCUGUUGUGCCACCUGGAUGGGGAACCAUUCAUAGCUACAACGUUCUGGUAGACAAAGAGAUACGGAUGAACAUAUCUUUGGGGAGCAGAACUAAAGCUCUCAUAGAAAAACUCAACAUUGCUGCUUGCACGUAUCGAAUAUCGAUUCAAAGCAUAACGAGCCGGGGUAACUCCGAUGAGCUGCAGUGCACUUUGUUAGUUGGGAAGGAUGUCAUCGUGGCUCCCUCUCACCUUAAGGUGGACAACAUAACCCAGAUUUCUGCCGAGCUCUCGUGGCUCCCAACGAACAGCAAUUACAGUCAUGUGAUCUUUCUCAACGAAGAAGAGUUUGACAUUGUCAAGGCUGCCAGAUACAAGUACCAGUUUUUUAACCUGAAGCCCAACAUGCCCUACAAGGUGAAGGUAUUGGCCAAGCCUCACCAAAUGCCCUGGCAACUCCCUCUGGAGCAGCGGGAAAAAAAAGAAGCCUUUGUUGAAUUUUCGACAUUGCCCGCAGGUCCUCCAGCUCCCCCUCAAGAUGUUAGAAUUCAGGCUGGGCCGACACCGGGAACUAUAUUGGUUUCUUGGAAGCCACCGACUCUUACAGCAACUGGGACCUCCAAUGCAGCCAAUGUUACUGGUUAUGGUGUUUAUGCAAAAGGUCAAAGGGUGGCAGAAGUCAUAUUUCCUAUGGCAGAGAACACCGUUGUGGAGCUAACGAGACUCCGGAACCUAGAAGCCAAGGAAGUUUUUGUUCGGACACUUUCUGUCCAGGGAGAAUCUAUGGAUUCACUGAGCGCUGCCAUUCCACCCGACCUUCUGGUGCCUCCAACCCCUCACCCUCGGCCAGCCCCCAAAUCUAAGCCAUUAUCAAGUGCCGGCAUCCCAGAUACCAAAGACGAGCAUCUGUGUCCGCAUGUAAAAAGGGAUGAGUCAUGGGAGCAGACCCGUAUGGCGUCUCCCAUCCACGGGCACACGCUGGAGCCUCCCAAUUUCCACAGCCCUCUCCAGGGGAGGAGGUCUCCUUCUCCAAAUCGGAUACUCCCCCAGCCACAAGGCACGCCCAUCCCUAACACCGUUGCAAAGGCCAUGGCAAGGGAAGCUGCUCAGCGAGUUGCGGAGAGCAACAGGCUGGAGAGGAGAAACGUUUUCAGCGAAAGGGGCAACGCUAUGCAUUAUGCAAACUCUGACGAAGAAGAAGAUGGCUACGAUUCGCCACGCAUUAAAAGGAGAGGGGCUUCCGUUGACGAUUUCUUAAAAGGCUCAGAACUCGGAAAGCAGCCCCACUAUGGCCACGGGGAGGAGUAUCACACCGAGAGCAGCCGGGGCUCCGACCUGUCUGACAUCAUGGAAGAAGACGAGGAAGAGCUGUACUCGGAGAUGCAGCUGGAGGAUGGCGGGAGGAGAAGAGUUAGUGUGACAUCGCAUAACACGCUUAAGGAAUGCUAUAAGAAUAGGACCACUGAAGCAGCUUUUUUGGAACAGCCUGAUUUUGCCCAGCAGAUCCACCACAGUAAAAAACUUUUCAGUAUCCCUGAAGUAGCAGAAGAGGAUGGCGAUCAUUCUGAACUUCUGCACAAGCAGGGUUUAGGGAUGCCCCACAAAAUGCGAAGCACAAUAGCUAGAGAGAGUAGAUCUGCCAGAUCCUACAAUCAAGACCAACAGCACAACUUCUGGCACCCAGCAAAGCAAAGGAUUUUGGAGGACUCGGAGGAAAGAGGCUACAAAUACAGCCGGUCUUCAACAAGAAGUCCAGACAGUGGCCUGGACUGCGGCAGCGAAGAAGAAGAGUCCCGCUUUAACUUCCGAAACACUUACAGUGCAGUUCCUGCCAGUGCCACGCCCAGCUGUUGUGCUGAUGGCAGGAGCUGUUCGUGCGGAAAGACUCCACGGCCUCUGCUUGCGCGUCGGAGAACGCUGACGAGGCAGAGUACUGUUGAAGAAGACUUCGGAGACCCUGCCCCUUCCUUUUUAGAAUCCAGAAGUGAAGAGGGCAAGUUGGGUUAUGAGAGGAAGUACGAACCUCAAAGGUGUAAUAGACCAAAUAAUUUGACUCGUGAGGAAGAUUAUCAGGGAGACUGGAGGAGCCACUUAAAAAUGAAUGACAUUAGGGCAUCUUCCAUGCCACUUGCAAAAUCAUCCUACAGAGAUCCAGAAGACCCCCUGCUUUUAGGUAACCCAUCCUCUGGACGGCCAGAGAGGACGGAGCACCCGGUCCGAAGGAUCUCUCAUGGCAGCACAGGACCACAAAGGCCUCGACCAAUGAUGGUCCCUUCUAUUGAAAUUACACUGGACAGUAACAGUGAAGGCGAUCGCUCUCGGUCAGGUAGUGAGGGAAAUAUUUCCCCCGUAAAAGAAGAUGCUUAUUAUCGCAGCGUUGGUGGACACAGGAAAUGGUGCCGGCAACGUACCAUGACCUCUGACUAUAGAUACGAUGGAUACUGUAGCCGGGACCGUCUGUCUCCUGAAAUUUAUGAAGAAUCAGAAACGGACCCCGGUGCAGAGGAAGUUUCCACACGGAUCUUUGUUGCCCUUUUUGACUACGAUCCACUGACCAUGUCUCCUAAUCCUGAUGCAGCGGAAGAGGAACUCCCAUUUAAAGAAGGGCAGAUCAUCAAGGUUUAUGGUGACAAAGAUGCCGAUGGGUUUUACCGAGGGGAAACCUGUGCGCGGCUGGGCCUGAUUCCUUGCAAUAUGGUCUCUGAAAUCCAAGCUGAUGAUGAAGAGAUGAUGGACCAGCUCCUGAAACAAGGGUUUCUCCCUCUGAAUACCCCUGUAGAGAAACUAGUCAACUAUGACCGUUUCAGAAAGAGCACACACUCUGUCCACCGCAGAUCCGGAAAGUCUAAAAGAGAAAGGAACCGGAGGAGCAGCCGCCAACCUGCCACGUCGACAAGGAGGAUGGUGGCCCUGUAUGACUACGACCCAAGGGAGAGCUCUCCUAACGUUGAUGUUGAGGCCGAGCUGACGUUUUGUACAGGAGAUAUUAUCACAGUCAUUGGAGAAAUUGAUGAAGAUGGCUUUUAUUAUGGCGAGCUUAAUGGCCAGAAGGGCCUGGUUCCUUCAAACUUUCUUGAAGAAGUGCCUGAUGAUGUAGAAGUCUAUUUAUCUGAUGCCCCAUCACGCUAUGCUCAAGAUACACCAAUGCGUACAAAAGCAAAAAGGGUUCCUCCUGAGAAUACAGGUACAUCACCAAGGAGAGCACCAUCCCCCACAGUUCAUCUCCAUUCGGGGUCACCUACGUCAUCUGUGGGUUCUGGUAGUCCCGGGAGAGGCAGGGAAUUGUCCUCGAAAAAGAAAAAGGGGCUGCUCUCCAAAGGGAAGAAACUUCUGAAAAAGCUUGGUGCAGUGAAAUGAAUUCGUGUUCUUCUGGACAACCUGUAAAGCUUCCGAUCUAUGUAUUUUUUUAAACAAAUAAAAUUUUACAAACACUUCAAAACUAGGGCUUUCAUGACUAUUCAGAACAUCUUUUUCUAGAGCCUGGCCAUUUCUUAGCACAUUCCAACAUCAGCAGAAACAUCUGACUUGUUUGCUGUUAAGUUACUUAAAAAACAGGUGGUGAGGAGAAAAUAUACACACACAAGCACCGCGUUGCCAACUUGUAUCUCUUUCUUUAAAACAAAAAGGGAAGACUGAAGGGGUUAAGGAGCAUCCGGAACCAUCCCUCUUACAAGGCAACUCUCCUGUUAACAACCUUGGAAACAUUUUGGUGCAUUUUCCUCCCUUAAAGUGGAGAAAACAAAAUCUUGUUCUCUGAUCCCUCUUCUACUGUUCAUUCCCGGUCUUCAUUUCACUUAAAUGGUCUUGAAACUCCUAGUUUACUCCGCCUUGAUGUUUGCCUUAUUAAUGCACAAUGAUUUGUACUGUCUGAACUAUACAGCGUAUACUUUGUAUGUACUGCGUAUUCAACUUGUCUUUCCAUCCUCACUGAGACAUUGGUAAUAUAAAAGAUCAAGUUAAUCAGUGUUGCUGACUCCGUUCAGUGUCUGAUGUAAUUCUUGGGAGUCUGAAAGUGUUGUGCAAGAUGCAUUUUUAAACAUCUGUAUGAGUUCUGCUAGUCAACUUUUCAAGUACAUUAAAAGCCAGAUUUACUGCAUACACGAGCCAGAAAAGGCACACACCCUGUUCAAGCCAUUUAAAAAAAAAUUGUAGGCACUGGUACCGGCAAACAAAGGUUUCCAUAUUCCAACAGCCACCACAGAAGUAAAAAAAAGAUGUAACUUGAAAUGCAGAUUCAAGCUGGACACCAUUUCUCGGGAAGUGUUCUAGACCCAAAUGUGAGGAAGUACUACAGUGAAAAAGUUGUGUUAUUCACUGGCCCUCGCCAGGAAGAGUCACUAAAAGGGAUAUACAAGAAUGUGAGGUUUGCCACAUGCUAUUUCCUGUUAUUGGCAUUACAAUCUGGAAGGAAAAAAGAUGUAGUUGCUGGCAAACAUGUUUGGCUGUUACUCUUUUGUAACUUGUCCAUUUGUAAAAAUUCUUUUUACUGUUUAUACAUACUUUUCAGACUGCCUUUCUUUUUGUAAUUGAUGGAAGGUUUAUAAUAUGAAUGAUCAAAGCUUUUCCCCCAUUGUGUCUUCAAAGAAAUAUAAUGUAAAUUCCUGUAAAAUAAUCUUGUGUGCUAGAUUUAUGAAAUUAAAGAAAAAACAUUGGCCUAAAUUUGUGGUAAAGUAUUGUG